GUUUUAUGAAAUAUUUUAAUUCUAGAUUUGUUUGGAAAUUGUAUCAUUAAUAAUGUCACUGAUGGUGUUGUGGUACACACGCCGGACUUGUGUGCGGGCGGUGUGGGAUCGGUUCCCAUUCAGUGACGGUGUGAAUGGUCAUUUGUCUCUACAUGUGCCCUGUGACUGACUGGCGACCAGUUCAGGGUGUAGCCUGCCUUUCACCCAAGGUCAGCUGGGAUAGGCUCCAGCAACUCCCAGUGAUCCUGUUCAGGAUAAGAGGUGUUGAAAAUGGAUGGAUGGGUGGAUAGUAAUGUUGAAAAGUUUUCUGGGAACCUUCCAUCAGGUACUUUUAACUAUAUUAAAUUAACGCAAGACCGCAUAUUCUCAUGUAAUGAAUCCGUCCAAAAUGGUUCCUAUUGUUUAUCCUCCCUUGGCCUGCAACCCACAAGGAGCCCUGGGGGAGUGACGAGCCCGUGUGACCCUUUGCGAGUUGGAACAUUGAAUUCAGUUAUUCUUUCACGAACCACUAGGGGGAGCCUGCAUGAUACAACCUUCAGAGGACACCAGAUUGACGCAUUAAAAUAAUACUCAGGGGUGUGUACCACAACAAAAUUUUCCCACCCCGCCCCACCCACAUCUUUUAAAGCAAAGUUAUAUCACUGUAUCACUUCCAUUAUGCUGAUGAAACAAUAGAGGGCGCCACUAAAUAGGACAUUUCAAGUGGAAAGUGGAUUUAAAAAACCAAACUCAAAUCAUGUGUAAAUAAACAUGUACGAAGAAUAAACUACAAGGAAAAGGAAGUUUAGAUAAACUAAAGUGAAGCAGAGCAACAUCACGGAUGACUUUUCUCAAACAAGUAGGAAAAUGGAAAAGGAUGCAGCUUUCUCCCUAGCCCCCUCCCAUUCUCCAUUAUCCUCAUCCUCAUCCGGCAUCAACAACUACCAACCUCCUUGGUGACCUCGGGCAGAGUGAGGAAAAGCGCGGAUGCCUCCACUGGAAACAUUUCACUGUAGCCAAUUUUGAGGAGGAGCUUGGAUUUUCUCCAUGUUGCGAAAGCAAACAGAGAGGACAUGAAGACAAACUGAGAAGCGAAAGAGUGACACGGGCAAGAGAAGAAACUGGAGCUGAAAAUCUCUCUCUCCCUCAGCAGUAUUGAUUAAAGGCUCGUCUGCCACGGCGUGAGUAUCAGUUCGACAGAAGAGCCGACGAGACGUCCUCCUGUGCGACACUCUCAUGGGCCAUUGCAGUAGCAAGGAGGCAGCAGUGUGGAGAUGUUUACAAAGAAACCUCCUCCAGAGGAGGAGAGAAGGGUCAGGGCCAAUGACAGAGAGUACAAUGAAAAAUUGCACUAUGCUUAACUGCAUCACCACAUCCAAGUACAACGUGCUCACCUUCCUGCCCAUCAACCUGUUCGAGCAGUUUCAGGAAGUGGCCAACACCUACUUCCUCUUCCUGCUCAUACUUCAGUUGAUCCCUCAGAUCUCCUCCCUGUCGUGGUUCACCACCAUCGUGCCUUUAGCUCUGGUGCUGAGCAUCACCGCUGUGAAGGACGCAACGGAUGACUACUUUCGCCACAGGAGUGACAACCAAGUGAACAACCGUCAGUCUCGAGUGCUGAUCCGUGGCUCGCUUCAGAAUGAAAAGUGGAUGAAUGUCCGAGUAGGUGACAUCAUCAAAUUGGAGAACAAUCAAUUUGUGGCAGCCGACUUGCUGCUUUUGUCCAGCAGUGAACCUCAUGGUCUCUGUUACAUCGAGACAGCCGAACUGGACGGAGAGACCAACAUGAAGGUGCGCCAGUCUGUCUCUGUGACAUCCGAACUGGGGGACCCCAACAACUUGGCUCAGUUUAAUGGUGAGGUGGUCUGUGAGCCCCCCAACAAUAAGCUGGAUCGUUUUAGGGGGAUGUUGUACUGGCGGGAGAAAAAGUAUACUUUGACCAACCAGAACAUGCUUCUCCGAGGGUGUGUCCUCCGCAACACGGAGGCCUGCUACGGCUUGGUCAUCUUUGCAGGCCCAGACACCAAGCUGAUGCAGAACAGCGGUCGUACUAAAUUCAAGCGUACCAGCAUCGACCGUCUGAUGAACACUUUGGUCCUCUGGAUUUUUGGUUUCCUGGUGUGCAUGGGUAUCGUUUUGGCUGUGGGCAAUGCAGUGUGGGAGCGAGAGGUGGGCACGCUGUUUCAACAUUACCUACCUUGGGAUCCUCCCGUGGAUGGUUUCCUCUUCUCCGCUGUCCUCACUUUCUGGUCCUAUGUGAUCAUCCUCAAUACAGUGGUGCCCAUCUCGCUGUAUGUCAGUGUGGAGGUGAUCAGACUGGGCCACAGCUACUUCAUCAACUGGGACCAGCUCAUGUUCUGCUCCAAGUGCAACACAGCAGCCGAGGCCCGGACCACCACACUGAGUGAGGAGCUGGGCCAGGUUGAGUACAUCUUCAGUGACAAGACUGGGACACUCACACAGAACAUCAUGAGCUUUAAAAAGUGCUCCAUCAAUGGGCACAGUUAUGGGGAGGUAGCAAAUCCAUUGGGGCCGCAUCCAAAGAGGUUGGACUUCACUCCUUUCAAUCUCCUAGCAGACCCAGACUUCUGUUUCUAUGAUGACACGCUGCUGGAGUCGGUCAAAGUGGGAGAUUCUCACACUCAAGAGUUUUUCCGUCUGCUCUCCCUCUGCCACACCGUCAUGAGUGAGGAGAAGAGCGAGGGAGAGCUGGUCUACAAAGCCCAGUCUCCAGACGAAAGUGCUCUUGUGACAGCUGCAAGAAAUUUUGGAUUUGUAUUUCGCUCUCGAACGCUGGGGACCAUCACCACCACUGAGAUGGGGCGAACCGUCACCUAUACCCUCCUUGCCAUCCUGGACUUUAACAACGCACGCAAGAGGAUGUCUGUCAUUGUCCGUAACCCCGAGGGCAGGAUCCGGCUGUACUGCAAAGGUGCUGACACUGUGUUGUUGGAAAGGCUCCGCCCAUGUAAGCAGGACCUGAUCAAUAUCACCUCAGACCACCUCAAUGAGUAUGCCGCUGAUGGGCUGCGGACACUGGCUCUGGCCUACCGGGACCUGACAGAGGAGCAAUGGGACAUGUGGUCAGAGAGCCACCAAUGUGCUGACAAAGAAGAAGACUUGUUGUCAGCUGCCUAUGAGCAAAUAGAACAAGACAUGACGCUGCUGGGAGGUACCGCUAUAGAGGACAAGCUGCAGGAAGGUGUCCCGGAGACCAUUGCUCUCCUCUCCCUGGCCAACAUUAAGACGUGGAUCGUUACAGGAGACAAGCAAGAGACGGCUGUCAAUAUUGGUUACUCGUGCAAGAUGCUGACAGAUGAUAUGACUCAGGUUUUUAUCAUCAGUGGACACAGCGUUCAGAGAGUGAAGCAGGAACUCAGGAGAGCGAGAGAACAGAUGAUUGCGCUGUCGCAAACAAAAGACAGUGAGAGAGAGGAGGUGGUCGAGGGAUGUGGAGAGGUCUGCUUCAUGAAAUUCGGAGGCGCAGGAAAGCAGUCGCAAUGUCCUCCUUCCAACCGCAUGGACAACAUCUCUGGAGAUUUUGCCCUCAUCAUCAAUGGCCACAGCCUGGCCCACGCACUGGAAGCUGACAUGGAGGAGGAGUUCAUCACGACGGCGUGCGCGUGCAAAGCGGUGAUUUGCUGCCGCGUUACGCCGCUGCAAAAGGCUCAGGUGGUGGAGCUGGUAAAGAAAUACAAGAGGGCCGUCACCUUGGCCAUUGGGGAUGGAGCCAAUGACGUCAGCAUGAUCAAGAGUGCUCAUAUCGGUGUCGGUAUCUCAGGACAAGAGGGCAUCCAGGCCGUGCUGGCAAGUGACUACUCCUUCUCCCAGUUCCGUUUCUUGCAGCGUCUUCUGCUGGUACACGGCCGAUGGUCCUACCUACGCAUGUGCCGCUUCCUGUGCUAUUUCUUCUACAAGAACUUUGCCUUCACCAUGGUGCACUUUUGGUUCGGCUUCUUCUGCGGCUUCUCCGCUCAGACGGUAUAUGAUCAGUUCUUCAUCACGCUCUACAACAUUGUCUACACUUCUCUGCCUGUACUCGCAAUGGGCAUAUUUGACCAGGACGUGCCUGAUCAAAGGAGUCUGGAGUAUCCAAAGCUCUACGAGCCUGGCCAAUUCAAUCUGCUCUUCAAUAAGAAAGUGUUCUUCAUCUGCAUCGCCCAGGGCAUCUACACAUCAGUAGUGCUGUUUUUCGUCCCCUACGCCAUCCUAGCCGACGCCUCGCAAAACAAUGGAGAGCCUCUCACUGACUACCAGACCUUUGCCGUCACCACGGCAACAGCGCUGGUCAUUGUGGUGAGUGUACAGAUCUCACUGGACACCGGCUUCUGGACCAUUUUCAACCAUGUGUUUGUGUGGGGCUCGUUAGGCUGCUACUUUACCAUCAUGUUUGCCGUGCACAGUCAGACACUCUUCAGUAGCUUCCCCAAUCACUUCCAUUUUGUAGGCAGUGCUCAGAGCACACUAUUGCAACCAGUCGUGUGGUUGACGAUUGCACUGGCAACGGUAAUCUGUAUAGUUCCAGUUUUGGCAUUCCGCUUCCUCAAGUUGGACCUUAAACCUCAGCUCUCAGACACGGUCCGCCACACUCAGCUGAUGUGUGAAAAGAAGCGCAGGCCAGCGGGCGGUCGCGUGGCAUCCAACUGGCGCAGAGCGGGCAGCGUCUCAGAGGGCCGGCUGGGCGCGAGGGGCGGUUCCCGGCGGUCCGGCUACGCCUUCGCUCACCAGGAGGGAUUCGGCGAGUUGAUCACCUCUGGGAAGAACAUGCGUCUGUCGUCUCUGGCUCUGGCCAGUUUCGCCUCCAGACACAGCUCCAGCUGGAUCGAAACCCUGCGGAGAAAGAAGCACGCUCACACGCCCCCCAGUACGUCGGGGGAGUGCACUCCUGCACUCUCUCACUCCUCUUCUGUUUUGGGGUGCUCGCAGGAGGCACCCAUUGAGGUGGAAACAGUCCAAGAAUCUCGGAUGAUUCCCACCACUUCCACUUGAGUGGAAGCUUCGGAGGAUUUUCGGGAAGGAGCCGUCAGCACAGGCUCACCCUGUGUUGCCGAGAAAACCGCUCAAAAAGAAUGUGAAGAAAAAAAAAUAAUGACAAAAGAAGACUCAAACAAACAGGAAGUAGAAAUGCAUGAAAUCCUCUAAUUGUUGAUGAUACUGUAAAGCGCUGGCGGCCCGUGCGUUUGGUCCCGGGACUUUAAUCCACCUCUUAUUACUAACGCUGUCAUGUUUUAAUCAUACAAGACAUUGAUACUAGCCAAAAGCAAAAUGUAACAGCCGCCUCCCUCCAUCAUCUUGAGCAGUUGAGAAUUUCUAUUUACCUACUAACUGGACAAAGGCAUAAAAUAGUUCAAUAAGACCACGCCUUACUCACCAGAGAUGGUUCUUGUUAAAUGUAUGAUAAGGUACAGAUCACUAGCGUGAGGUUAUUCGACAUGAACAACCGGUCGGAGGAUGUAAAAAUGCUGACGGUAUAGUGGGCCAGCUAGCUGAGGACAAAGUUGAAAUCUGAUUGGUUCUUUUCGUUUCAAUUGCAUUGGCCAGCUCUCCUGAUUGUGAAGGCCUCGGGCAGAUUACAUUGACAUGGCAACAAAUGAAGAAAUCUGAUUUGACAAAAAAUAAUAUUUUAUAAUAU